CUGGCAGUGAAUAUCGGAACACAGCCUGUGAAAAGCGACGAUCGCGGGUCGCGGUGUUGUACAAAUUUUUUGUGGCUUCUGCGGCAUCUCUCAGAUAAAAGAGAGUAAAAUAGACACAUUGGUUGCAAAUACUUAAAAAAAUACUUUUCUAAUAGUGCAUUAAACACCGCAUUGAGUAAAAUUGCUUCUUCAAAGUGUUUGGUCCAGAAAUAUUCAACAAUCAAUGGAUAGUGGUCAAAGAGAAUCUCUUCAUACUCCAAGACGAGCUCAGAAAUGUCUUUUUGCGCCAUCCAAUAAUACUACUAAUAACAAAAACAUUACUUAUGAUGCAAAUUGUAACAAUAAUAAAGUAACUGAAAUAUCUUCAGGAGAAGAGUCAGAUUUAGGACCUAUGUCACCUCUUGCUCUUACUGAUCAAAGUCCGAGUCAUGACAGUUCUUCAGGUAGAGAAUAUAUCUCACCAUUUACAACACCUGAGAAAUCACCUAAUUUACAUAUUUCACAUUUAUCCUGGGAUCGGCUAAAGUCAAGAUACAACAGAGAAAAUCAUAUAUCACCAUUCAGCUCUCUCAAGAAGGUUACUAGAGCUGCAAGAUAUUCACCUAGAUGUAAAUUAUUUAACAUAUCUCCAAGGUCAUUGCAAUUUUCUCCAAGCAAACAGGUAGCAUUGUUAACACCAGAACGCUUUAAGAUAACAGAGGAGAUGGCAAACGAAAUAGUACCAGAGACACCUCAAACGACACGAAGCUUUGCCACAGAGAUUCAAAAUCAAGAUAUCACGGAAACACCUCGAAAGAGCCGUAGUCUUUUACAUAAACAAAUGACACCGUUCUGGUUUAUAAACAAGACAACUUCAUUACCAAAAUUACAUAGGCGAAAAUCUCUUAGUUCACUUGAAACAAGCGAACUAAGAGACUUUUCGCCUAGACAAAAAGAGAACAUAUUAAAAAGACAUGCACAGGAUCAGUUGAUGACAACUUCGGCAAAAUUAUUCAAAACGGAUGAUGCAUCUUGCGCACCUAGAGCAAGAGCAGCGUUGUUUCAAGAUAGAAGAACUGAGUGCGACAGUUUAAAGAAUUUCUCCUUGAGUACUGGAAAAUUCUACAGUAGUAAUGCGAGAACUGAGCGACCAUUUGCUAUUAAUAUCAAGAACAACGAUAGUAAAAGGAGGCGAAGUUUGUCUGUACAGAGUAACAAACGUUUGUUAAAAAAGCAGAAAUUCGGCAGAAUAAACGCUGGCGUAUUCCACGGAAUCAAAAGGCCGAAGCCUAAAGUACAUUCGGAAGUGUCGAAAAACAUAAAACAGUAUAGUACACAAAACUCUUUAUUGCAAAAUAUAAGCAAAGAUACUUCGCCUGCAGAGAGAGCUCAACCAGUAAACAUAAGUGUGGAGAAAGUUUCUUCAACGGAGAUUAACGAGAACAAGCGAUUUUUCAAAACCAAUAAGACAAUUAGGCAUAAUGCCGCUACGGUAACAGUGAAUAAUAAGAUCAAAUUGAAAGUUACAGACGGUAAAAUUGUAUUGAAUACAAACCGUGCUUCUGCGAAUGCAUCUAAACUGCAACAGAUACAAACCAAUAUAGAUGUUCUCCUGGAUGCAACUGAUCUAACUGUGGAUGAACCAGAAGUUGAAACUACGCUAGAACAAAAUAAAAUGGCUGAUUUGCUGAAAAUAUUAGAAGAUGAUUGGCAAGAUGAUUAUGAUAAGAUGGUAGCAUUGCCAUGUAGUAGUAAUAACAGCAGUAGCGUGAUGACUAGUACAAUCUCUCCAUUAAAACCAGUAAUGGUAGUGCCAACAGACUCAAUCAUGUCUCCAGCUAGCGAGCUCAUUAACUUGACCUCAACCAUGAAUAUUAAGGAUGUGGAUUCUCAAACAUAUGUUAGAAAUCUUUCGCCCAAUAAUACAAAUAACAAUGAUACUGAGGGAUCUAAACGCAUGGAGAAAGAAUCUGGAAGAAAUAAGUAUUUCCCCAUAUUUAAUCAGAAAUAUUUCGCAUCCGGCAACAUUUUUGAAGAGACGAGUAACACAAAACCUAACAAAGCAACAAAAAGAACACAAUGGCAAUUAUCUGCAAAAGGUGGCGGUGCAGAUCAGUAUCAGUUGGAUGUUGGUCAAAAACGUUUCGGCGCCACUCAAUGUCCAGAAUGCAACAUCGUUUAUCAACUAGGCGACCCCGAAGAUGAAAACGCUCAUCUAAAUUAUCACAACAGCAUACAUGUUUUAAAAUUUCAUGGAUGGAAGAACGAACGCGUCAUAAUGGAAGAUUCUUUCACAUCCAGUAGAAUAAUCUUAGUUGAACCACAUGAUUCUAAGCAAUACUGGAAGAAGAUAUCGGAUAUUUUAACAGUUGUAGAUAGAGACUUGGGAUUAUCAAACACGGAUAUAUCGGAAUAUCAGAAUAAAAAGAUUUAUUUGUAUAUACGCGAGAAAACUAUCCUCGGAGUAUUAGUAGCAGAAUCUAUUACGAAAGCGCAUCGCAUGAUUCCCGAUUUAGUUGAACUAGACUGUUGCACCGCCGAAAGCACACCUACAAAGUGCGGUAUAAACGUCGUAUGGACUGCGAUGAGUCAUCGCAAACAGGGUAUAGCCACUAAACUUGUCGAUAUCUUAAGAGCAACAUUUUUUUAUGGUUACAUGAUGACGCUAGAUGAUAUAGCAUUCUCGAUACCAACUCCAAGCGGUAAAAUCUUUGCUGAGAAGUAUUCUAAAACACGAAAUUUUAAAGUUUAUAAUUAAGUUUAUAAUAAAAUAUAGUUUAUAACUAUGUUUUCUUCUAAAUUAACUGAAUUUCAACCGUUUGUUAUUUUUCCAAAUAGUCUCAAAUACUGAUUUGAGUUGUUGAAGUAUUUUUUUUUGUGAUUAUACGUAUUUUUUGUAAUAACUUGUAUUUUCACUUCGCUUUUAUCAAAAAAAUGUGCUACUAAAUGCAAUGUUUAAUAUAUGGUUCAUAUCACAUAUAUAUACUAUAGAUUUUCACUAACACUUAAAAAUAAGGUGAAAAUAUAGGCUAAUGUCUUAUUAUAUUUUAGUAUCAAUAUUUUUCAAUUUAUAUGAGAUGUACUACACAUAAUAUAAUAUGGAUUUGCAUAAUAUAUAGAUUUUCUUUGGCAUUCAAGUACUUUAAGCGCCAGUUUGUUUUUAUUUUAUAUUUAAAGCUCCUCACACAAUUCAUUACAGUUAUCUUGGAUUAUAUCAUCAGAAACGAGAAUUUAUUCUUAAAUUUGCCGCACUUACGUUAAAAUAGAAAAGUAUUUUAGUACAAAUUCACUUUUAAUCAAUAAAAUAUUGAAAAGAUGAAUAUUUUAUUUAUCUUUUCAGCUACAUUUAUUCAUCUUUAUAGCUAGCAUUAUUUUACUUUAGCGAGAAUGCUGGCAUGCAAUUGAUUGAUUUGCUUCAAGAAGAUCGGCAGCUUUUCUCCAAAAUGUUGAAUUUUGUCAACGUAACAAUUAUGCAUAUAUAGAACCUAUAUGUUGUGCAAAGUUUCCGAGUUUGUUACUGGCCAUUAUAGUGGCCAGAGCGGCCUUCUAAUGAUUCAUAAAUUUGCAAUUAUUGGUACAUUAAAAGUAAAUAUAACAAAUGAGAAAAAUGUAUUAAAUAAACUCAAAUGUAUCGCAAAUGCAACAUACAUAGCUUAAAUAAACAAGUUAUGAGAGUGUAAAGUGUUGAUAGUAAAAUCAUGAAGUGUAGAAUAAGUGUUUUCUCUUAAACGUUUUGAUCAAAUUGUUAUUCUGAGACAUCUUUAGACUUAUUCAUUUAAAUUUUAUUAUAUAUAUUGCAGUUCUACUUGAAAAAUCUUCUGCUUUAACUUAUUUACUGUGCCAAAUAAAAAUCUAUGCUUUAUGUCACAUGUACUAUAAAUUUCCAAUAAUAGGGUAGCGAUAUUUACUACAGUAAAUAUUGGAACACAACCAUGAUCUACAUCUAAUACAGCUGAAAGUAUGUGAAAUUAUAGGAAAAAAUUUGUUUAUUUAUCCUCAUAGUUAAGCUUUUUUUUUUUUACAAAUAAAUGUCUUAUUUAACUGGAAAAAUCUUGUACGUAUAUCUGAGUAAAAAUAAAAGCAAACUAUAUCCUGAACUAACAUAUGUUAUGUACGUAGAAAUGUAACAAUACAGUCAAUUUGGCUUUGUCCUGCCAAAAUGAAUAAAAAAAACUAAAUAUAAAUGUAUUCAAAAAUUUAUCUUUUAGUCGUAUACUUCACUUGUAUGUGUAUGUCGUAAAUAGUAUAUAAAAUUAUUAGAGACCUCCCCUUAUAUAAUCCGAAAUGACUGUAGCAAAUAUUCUGAGGAAUUUUAAAAUAAGAAUUUGUUUGUUGUUUUAGAUUCUAAUAUUAAUCAAUUACAUUAAUAAAAAUUAUAGCAUUU